AAGACGCUAAAAUCACCUCCAAAUUUUCAGGUCGGUAUGACAGUCAGAUUGGACCACGAAAGUCCAUAAGGUGAAAGGUCUACCUUGCCUACCUCGUCUGUGGUUAUAUACUGUGUUAUCGAUCUAGUAAAAAAGCAUUGGUUUUUCAGUGCACUCUACGUUUAAGAAUAGUGACUCUGACAUGUAUAGCUCAGCAUCCAAAGUCGAUAAAUGUAGAGAACUCGACAGUAUAGCCACACAUAUCAUUUCAGAAACUUAAUAGAGACACAGAUUAGGUAUACUCAUAUAGGGAAUCACAAAUUGCAAGUAUUCGUCCUAGGAUAGCUAUGUCAGUUUGAAAUAUCUAUAGAAGGUAAACGUGCAAUAAAUUUGUCUAAUUACAACAUGAAGAUGUUCAGCAAUAAUAAUAAAGGGUGCUUUAAAUGUUUGCAAGUGCAGGAGUUAGUAAAAUUUAGCAAAUUUUUCAUCUUAAAUAGAAACUUGUACCUUUUGAAAUUUGUAAUUGUUAUCCAAGAAAGAGAUCUAUCUCGUCUGUGGUUUUACUAUUCGUAGGUGUAGUCGCGUCUUCGUGUUAUCGGCUGAGGGAACAGAUCGAUAAGAUCGUCGAGCUCUAGGAAGGGUGCUAGAUGCCACUUGCACCCCGUCUCCAAGAAUAAUCCCGCAUCCCUAUUUCGGGUAAAUUCGAAGGCGAUACUUCUUCGUCUCUGUUUCUGCGAUCCGCACAGUCGUGCCGCAUCCACCGCCGGUUGCGUACCUAUCUUACGGUCCUCAAGGUACAUCGUGUACGCGUACCGGUUACGAUACAAGUAAAUCGAAAAUCUCGCUUCCGGGAUAUCGUGAUUCGAUCACGACGAUAGUCUCAGCACGCCCGAGAACGCGAUGAAACGUCGAAACGAUCGACAGAUCAGUUCAAGUGAUGUAGCCUUCGGAGACUUUGUCAACACGAGAUCGGAUGCAGUUUUAGUUUCAAUCUGUAAUCAAUUUUAAACUCGAUGCUCCUCGAACACGUGGAUUCUCGAGCUUCGUAUACUUUCUCGACAAUAUUCUUUUGUAAUUAAAUCACACACGUUUCAAUCGAUGUUACGAAACGCUUCCCACGAGGCUCCAACACGAGUCUUUAAAUAUUCCAUCGCAAGAGUACACGUCGAAAUUUAUUUAGGAUCAACGUGUCAAAGCAUCUUUUAACAAUCCUUUGCAUCGUGGAACGAAUUCGAGCGUCUCAAAAGUUUCGAAACACUUUUAACGUUUGGGUGAUGAGUUGAACGGUAGAAUGAUGUGCAAAGUGACGAAAGAUCGCACGACGAUUUUUAAGUUUAAUAUCCAUCGUCUGUAAUGCAAGAACGAUCCAGGAACGGUGACCUAUAAAAGUGCGAGGCCGAAUGUUAGCUGCUUUCUAGUGUUUAGCCAGUUGUGUCUUCCUUUUUUUCUCGACGAAGAUCCUCAUUUAAAUUAAAAGUCUCGUUACGUGGAAACGAAUUCCUUUUGCACCUUGCGUAUCAUGUCGAUCAGAUGAUAAACGGCGUGUUAGAAGAAUGUUCAUUUCCGUACGUAAAUGGCACGAUGAAGUGCGAUGUUCGGUUGUGAAGACGGCGUGUUUCGAUCAGGUGUGAAAAAUUCAACGCUCGAAUGUUUACGCAACCGUCAUGUUAUCGGCGGGAAGAGUGCUCCAGCGAUAUUCAUCAAGAACAUAUUUGCCGAGCUAGUCCGGCAGCAAUUAGCAGCGGUUGAGCCACCAAUCAUGAAUCGAUCUAUCUGCAUCAGUUACGCCUUAUCAGCCUUAAUCCACUAAAAGGAAGGGAGGAGGAUCGUUAAAGCCCCUCGAUAUCAGCACGUGAGGGCCAAGUUGUGCGAGCGGCGAACAGGAAAGUAAACUUGGUGUUCGCAGAAACAAGAAAAAUCAACAUUUGCGGAAACGCGGAAACUGUCAAAUGAAAUAAAUUCUCCUUUAAAAUCAUGCGGACGACAAAGAGCUCGAAAAAGGAGGCGUAUUAACGAAAGUAUGAUAAAUUCUACAAGAAUUCAAGAAGGCUGACAAAUGAUUCGACUCGCAGAAAUGUAUUUAACAAACGUAUAAAAUAUUUAAGUAACAUGGCAGACCAUAAACUACUACAUAGACGGAAUCAAAGCUUUGAAAUAAUAGCAAGGCGUACUUAACAAAUAAACGAAAAUGACUUCGACGGCGCAAACUUGAUUAAUAAUCAAUAUCGAAGUUCUGCCAUAAUUCGGCUUCAAUUUAGUUUGCCAAUCGCUGUGAUACCAUAAUGCUUCAAGAGAUGGAGAUCACUUGGGACGACGUUGUCACGAAUUUCACGGAAUCCUCAAAUUCGAUGCACAACAACAACACAGAGAAGUACGUCGAGGACGUCGAGUACACUUUCGAUCGUCAACAAGUGGAAAGGAUCGUGGUGGUGGUGGUACCGAUAUUCUUUGGCAUGAUCGGUAUCCUUGGAUUCGUCGGUAAUUGCCUGGUGGUCACCGUCGUGGCAGCAAACCCUGGAAUGAGAUCGACGACGAACAUCCUAAUCAUCAAUUUAGCCGUGGCCGAUCUGCUGUUCGUUAUAUUUUGUAUUCCAUUCACCGCUACCGACUUCGUGUUGCCUUUCUGGCCCUUUGGCAACAUCUGGUGCAAGAUCGUCCAGUAUCUUAUCAUCGUCACCGCCUAUGCCAGUGUUUACACUUUGGUCCUCAUGAGCCUCGACAGAUAUUUGGCAGUGGUUCAUCCGGUCACAUCGAGGUCAUGGAGAACCGAAAAUCACGCGAUCCUUGCUAUUUGCAUCGCUUGGGCGAUGAUCUUCACAAUCUCAACCCCUGCCCUCAUUGUUCAUGGCGAGGACAUGGACGGCACGUCGUCGGAGAACCUGACGGCUUGUCGAAUCCUGCCACAAUAUGAUUGGCCGUUCUUUCAAAUAUCGUUUUUCCUGAUGAGCUACUUGCUGCCGCUGAUGCUGAUAUGCUUCUUUUACAUUUGUAUGCUCGUCAGACUCUGGCGAGCCGCUCGCGUCAGCGCCGAGAGUCGACGCGGAAGAAGACGCGUCACAAGGCUGGUGCUCGUCGUCGUUGGCGUUUUUGCAUUUUGUUGGUGUCCCAUACAGGUAAUCCUGGUAACAAAGUCACUAACUGUUUAUCCGCUGACAACGGCGACGAUAAUGGUGCAAAUUGCCAGCCACAUCCUGGCGUACACGAACAGCUGUGUCAAUCCUAUACUCUACGCCUUCCUCAGCGAUAGUUUUCGGAAAGCUUUUCGGAAAAUUAUAUAUUGCAAGCCUCGGCCCGAUCAAAACAGGCAGUUGGGACCAUUGACAAGAACCACGAGAGCUGCCAGUACUGGUGACAUCCUAUAGGUUAAGAAUUCGAUGGCUAAUACGUCCAGUUAAACACGCCGGGCUAAUUGUUAUAAACAAAUGGAUAUCUUCGAUUUUCGACGUCGGACGAGAGAAUUGUGGAAUUUCGAUCGUGCUCCUACCGUCGAAGUGUAAUAAUCGUUCAACGAAACAUUUAUGACAAACAGUGACGCGCGUUGAAUCUUUUUAAUUAGCGAACGCGAAUGGCAAUUAACUCGAGCCUGGCAUCGCUCGAUUUUCAUCGAACCGGAAGGGAGCGUUUUCGGUCGCGCGCGACGGUGAGAUUUUAUACAGCCAUAAACUGCGCAGGACUUACGCUUGCAUCGUGAAGAGAUCCGUGUACAUAACGCUUGUAAGGUAACGAAACAUAAAUGAAUAAUAAAAAUGUAAGUAAAUAGAUUAAAGUGUGGUUACUAAUCUAGACAUAGAAACGAGCAACAGCUUGUUGUUUGUUCAACGACUGUAAAAGAAAAAAUAAAAAAUAACGAAAGAGCUUAUUACGGCCGAUCGACAACCUUAAUGUUUAAACUGUAAGUUCGCCGCCGUGUAAUUUCGAAGGAACGCCUGGAAAUUCGCGGAUUAUGGCAGAUGAGCCCCUGCCCGGUCCGUGAAAAUAAUUUCUUUUUACGAUGUAAAAGUUUGUUUUCCAGUGCAUUCGUCGUAGGAAUAAGGUUCUAAAGUUUAAGAAAACUCGAGAUUCCUUGGGAAAAUUGUCUGAAUGCAAACUGUAAAGUACGUGUAUCAAUAAAGACGCUAAUGUGAUUAUUGCUUUUCCAUUUCCACCUUUACAGUUAUUCGUAUUCAGGCUGUGGGGAAAUUUGUUUUGAAA